UCUUUCUUCGACAGACUUUACAGAGUUUCCUUUCAGGAAAUCAACUUGUUGAUUCUUUUCAGCAGAAAUCAACAAAUGCGGUAUUUUUGGCUAGUCAGGUGAAGCCGACUGCAUCUUUCUGGCAAACAGAGAGAAUAGAGGAGGAGCAUGAGCCCCUCUCCUGUCUAUUUUCUCCUUCUCUCUUUUCUAUCCUACCGCCUUGCGUGUUUCGUGGAGUUUGACUCGCCGGUACCCAAGACUCAAGAGAUGGAUUCAUUUGGAAGUAUCGACGUAUUGAUCUUCAGCCUAGGAAUUCUGCUCUAGAUGAAGCCUAUGGGUCAGUAAUGAGAAAGCUCCGCGAAGGUUCGGAUACAAUCGUCCAAGUCGGAACCGCCCGCGAAGCCAUAGAUAAUGUCGUCCAAACCCCGAGUGUUGUUUUGAUCACCGAUCAUGGCAUUCAUAAAGAGGAGAACGAGGAAAUUCUCCAGAGGAUUGUAUCCUACGUUCGCGCAGGUGGUACUGUCGUGGUCGGCUUCUUCUUUCCAUACAACACCAACGCCGAUCAAUUCGAAGCUUUUUUUGAAGCUUUUGGCCUGGCUUGGACGAUGGGAGCUUACACCCGAGCAGAAUGCUGGCCAAACGUUGGCUGCAACAUUGAGAAUCGUGCUGUUUUUGGAAAUAUGCCUUCAAAUUACCACACUAAAGCUGUCUAUGUCCAUGGCGCCAAAGCAGACGAGAAAAUCUACGUCGAUCCUUUCGAUUUACCUCCCGAUAGUGACCGGACUGAGGCAAUUGUGGCCAGAGCCAAGGUUGGACAGGGUUGGUUGGUCUAUAUGGGCGAUGUCUAUUUUGGGGAAGAGUUUCAAGAUAUCCUGCUGAAGUUGUGCGGUAUUGAUAAGAACGGUUGAUAGAAAUCUGCUCCUUUGGUUGCCAGAUGUCGAGAAACACUGCCAAGGCCGGAGGCACGUUUUGGUCAUCAUAUUCUGACAAGAAAGGUCUUUGCUGAGUUCUUCUUGGAGGAUCUCAUACUUAUCAGUCUCCGGUUCACGCUCAUCCAUGAAUGAACGUGAAAAGGCUCAAUUCGAGGUUUCCGUCGACAAAUGCUUGAACACAGUAACCAAAAAUAGAGGGGUUGCCCAGAAGCUCGAGCGACAUAAGCCUCUGGACGCGAAUCUUUACGGUAAUUACAUGCCGAUACUGAGGAUCGGCGCGUGGGCUUGAGGCUCGAUCCGGAAUAUGGGCUGUGCUGUCGUAUUCAAGAGGGGUAGCAUCAUCUCUCUCAACAAUGCGACUUCUAGUAUGAACGUCUUUUCGUCGGAUUUGCUAUACGAACAGAAUCCUCUUAGCCUGUAGUCUCAGG